GUAACACAUGGCACCUCGGUCACUGCCUGGUUGUGCCCGACUUGACUUCGUCCUGCUACCUGUAAACUUCGUCGAUGAUUUGGCAGUCACGCUGCGAGAUAUAUAACAGCUCCGUGGUGCUCAUGAAGUAUAUUGUACUCUUUUCAUCAAGGUGUUUUUUUGUCAAGAGAUUUUGGAACGCAUUAUUUCAAACUUGUAUAGCUACUUACUACACGAUUUUGAGGUUGCCGAUCGGUGCAUUGAAGUUUUUUCGCAAGCGCCAGAGGAAGAUCAAAUUUUGACGAGGCGGUUAAGUUGUACAGCAAAGAGAAGACAUGGCCACAGCAAUGGACCGUGCUAAUGUGGGUUACGACCAAGCCCGAAUGGAAGGUAAGGGCGCGGUGGGGAGCACUGCGAACGCUGUCAAGGCUGCUGCUGGUCGCCCCACCGGUACGACAGUAAACCAUCACAACGGUUUGGGUCACGAAACUACAGGAUACGACCAUUCUCAUUAUGGAACCGGGCUGGGGCACACCGAAGAGGAGCUCGCACGCUUGCGGAAUCGCACUGUAGUGACAGGCGAGAGUGAGGCCUAUGCGCCCAACCCCAACAUCAAGGAUCUGCCCAAGGAGUUCGAGACCAGGGUGCAAGUCAUUCAGAAAUACCCCGAGAUGAAGACCGUCGAGAAGACCGACAUGGUGAAGGAGGUUCGCAACGAUGAGCGAACUGUCACCGUCCCCAAAACUAGAGUUGUCAUGGAUGAGGUUGAGCGUGUUGAUCGCGUGCCUGUCGUGAGAGAGGUUCCCAAGACGAGGAUUGAGCAAGUGCACAGAGUUGUUACGGAGGAGCGGGAAGUGACCGACAUGGUGCCUGUCGUGGAAUACGUCGACACGCCCAGCGUUGAGCAAGUUCCGCGAGUGGUCACUGAAGAGGUGACGGAGCGAGUCACCGUGCCCGUUGUGGUGGAAGUUCCCGUUACUCGCACGGUCGAGGUGCCAACUGGAAAGUACUGCGAAGCGCCAGUUGAGCAAAUCGUCAACCCCGGACACCCGACUGGCGUUACUGACGCUUUGCACAGAACUACCAGCAGCUCCUCAUCUUCCUCCGACGAAGAAGUCGCGCAUGAUGCCCUGCCGACGCAGACCAUCAAUCCAGACGGGACAACAACUGUUGCUCCGGCAGGACUCAAGCACAAGAAGGGCUUGAUGGCCAAGCUCCUCCAUCACUAAAUCGGUGACUGCUGUCACCAUGUCAUUCAUUGGUCCAUCCUCUCAUCUAGACUGUAAUCGAAAUAUAUGUUGAGGUAAAAGAUAAAGAUGAAUAGAUAAUAGUUAAAGUAGAAUAAGUUACCUCGUAAAGGAUAUUACCUUAGGUAAGUUGCUAAUGGUCAAA